AUGUCCAAUAACAAAAUACUUUUUUGCCUCGUUGAGGGUGGCUCUAAAGAGAAAGCUUUUAAAGUUAUUGCUGGAACAGAUGAUGAUGUUAGUGACCUCAAGGAAAAAAUCAAGGGGAAGAGACCUAAUACAUUCACCAAUACUGAUGCAGCUGAGAUUGUGCUGUGGAAAGUAAACAUUCCAAUUGAUGAAGAUGCCAUGGAGGUUGACAUUUUCCUCAAAGACAUACAAGAUAAAUUAAAAUUGUCAAUCCCUACUAGAAAAAUUUGUGAUGUAUUUACCGAGAACAUCGCAGAUGCUUCUAUUCAUAUUAUUGUCAAACAGCCCUCUGGGCAAGGUAACUCCACUGAUGUAUUUUCCCUGAUCGAGGAACUUAAUAAUAAAGUGGAAAGUGUUGAUAAUAAAUUGGAAAGUGGUUUUAGAAAUGUUGAUAAUAAAGUGGAAAGUGGUUUUAGAAAUGUUGAUAAUAAAGUGGAAAGUGGUUUUAGGAAGGUACAAAAUGCUAUGGAUCAAUCGCUCUAUUCAUCAGGUAUUGCAACAGAAACUGAUAAGGGCAAAGAAGUGCGAGAAAAUGGAACCCAAAUUGACUUUCCACUCAAUGUGACCACAAGUACCAAAUCAAAAACACCUGGAAACAAGCUUAAGCUUAUUGUUGAAGAUACACGUAAUUCACCAGUACUGGCAACUCGAAAACCAGAUUUUGUACUCAUUCCAAGAUAUUCACAUUUAGAUUACUUAAAUGUUAUAGCCAUUGGUGAGAUAAAGAAGCUAACUAGUGCAAAUUUUAGCAAUGCACAAAUAGGACAAGCAGUAUCAUAUGGUGAAAAACUACUGCAACUUCAGCCACAGCGAAAUUUUGUAUUUGUAGUGUUGACAGAUUGUAUUACAAUUAAUAUCUAUAAGGUGUCUAAAGUUGAUAACUAUCAAAAGUCAAUCACUCAGUUCAAAUAUGAAUACAUAGCACCCCAACCUAUGGAAUACAACAGCAGUAAUAAUAAUGGGUGGAAAUACCUGGUAACAUUUAUGGAAAGCUCACCAAGUGAACUGGGAUGGAUAGAACCAUCAUUAAAAUUUGGCAGUGAAACUGUAAAUCUGGUUCGAUCUGCUGGUGUGGGUAGAACUAGUGUUGUAUAUGAGGGAAAGCAUAAUGAUGAAUUUGUGGUUGUAAAAAUGGCAAAAAAGGUGGAAUAUCUACUUUGUUUUGAAAGGGAAAAAGAUGUAUUGGAAAAAUUGCACAACCCUGGCUGA